CCGCGCCGAGCCCUGGGCGCCGGGCGCGGCGGCCGGGGCGGUGGCGGCGGGCCUGGCGCUGGGCCUGCAGGGGCCGCACGCGGCCUGCGACUCGGCGCCGUCGGCGCCCUCGGCCGACGCGGACGUCAGGCUGUCGGGGCCCAGGCUGUACCCAAAGGACCUGGAGAAGAUCCUGCGGCCCUCCGAGCACAACCCCAGCCCUGUGACAGUACCGCCGCCAAUGCCCGGCCUCACGCAGCAGCAGUGGCAGCAGAAGAUCGUGGCGCCCCUGUUCGGCCUGCCCAUGCGCGGCAAGGCUCACACGGCCCGGAACCUGAAGCGCUUCAUCCAGUUCUUCCACGGGGCGCGCGCCGAGAUCUUCGACCUCACGGACUACCCGGGGCCGGACGGCGACACAAGACUCUGCGAGGACCUCUGCAAGUUCUUCCACGCGAGCGAGGAGGAUUCCCAGUACGACAUCUACGACUUCGCUGCAUCUGGGAGGAUCUAUGGCGGCUUCGCGAUCAUCCUGGCCGGCGACAGCGUCGAGUCCACGCGCUCGAUGUGGAGCGCCCACACGAAGUGGCACAGGCGGUGGAUGUCAAGGACGUGCCAGGAGAAGCUUGGGGCCGAGACAUGUUUCAUCCAGAUCUCGGUGGACGAUGAGUUCGGGGAGCAGUACAUCGCAGACCUGUGCAGGUUCCGGGGGGUGCCCUUGGAGCAGAGCAAGGCGCUCAUGACGGAGUAUCGGGACCGCAUGGAGAACAUCCAAGAGGAUUCGGAAGGCGACACCCCGUACAUACACCUCAUCAACUACAACCAAAUGAUGGUCGUCAACAAGAUGAUGCAAGGGUUCGUCGGCUCCGAGGUGUGCCAUUUCCUGGCCAACCUGCAUCCCUACGCACACACCCACUACCUCUCGCGCCACGGAGAGAGCAUAUUCAACGUCGAGAAGCGUCUCGGUGGGGAUUCUGGGCUCUCCAAGCGCGGGGAAGAGUACGCUCGCCGCCUGGCCGAGUUCGUGAAGUACGUGCAGUGCGGACGAGCAGACUCAAUCGUCUGCGUAACCCUGACGCAGGAGGAGCUGCGCAGGCUGAAUGAGCGCGUCUCCGAGACACCACAGGGCCUCGUCGCAUCGGGCAGCUGGGACGGCUUCGGCGACGCGAGCGGUGCCGUAGUGGAGCCCGGCAUGAGGCUGCUGCGAAUGCAGGCCGGUUAUGGGGCGGACUUCCAGGAUGCCCCCCACACCGUCCAGGAGGUCGCGAGGGUCGCCGGCUCCCUGUACCCGACCUUGGUCUUCGUGCAGGGCGAUGCGUCGGAGCCUGGGAUGGUGCCAGGGCGCCUGUGGACGUCGUCCCUCAAGCGUACCAUCGAGACCGCCAGAUUUAUAGAGCGCAAUGUCGUGGCAGGCAAAGAUGGCAAGCCAUGGAGACAGAUGGUCGGAAAGCCUUUGAGGAGUAUAGACGAGGUGUACGCUGGCGAGUUUGACGGUCUUACAGAGGAGGACAUCAAGAAGAUCGCACCAGAGGUCAUAGCCGCCCGGUCGACCGACAAACUGGGCUUCCGCUACCCCCGUGGCGAGUCGUAUUACGACGUCUUGGCCAGGCUGUCCGGAGCCAUGGUGGACCUCGAGAGGGUGCGAGAACCAAUUCUGCUCGUGUCGCAUCAGGCCGUGCUACGCCUCAUCAUCGCGUGGAUGACUAAAAGGUCUCGUGAGGAGGCCAUCAAGAUGUCCGUGCCGCAGCACGAAGUCAUCAGGAUAAGCUACGAUGGUCUUGGAGGGCCCCGCGUAAUGAAGACCUUCCCGCUGGGACCGCGGCGGCUGCUGGACGAUGGGCAGUCCAACUUGUGAGGCAAAGUUUUCAAGUUAGUUUAGGAUUUAGUGGGAUACGGACAAGUCUGUGGCAGAGAUUUUCUAAAACAGCGAAAAA